AUGGACGCACCUGCUGCAGCACAUCCCUGUCUUGAGAUCAAAUCUCUGGAAACGACAGUUGUCGAGCUGCCUGCGAAAUGCACUUCCCAGUCGCCCUCGAAAUCGCCCUCUCAGCUUUUGCCCAAGAUGGAUAUCCCUAAAGUGAAGAGAAUCGACCCGCCAUCCACCACCAUCACUGCCGACUCACCACCUACCUCUACUGGACCACGGAGGGGUUCGCGCCCAACCUCUGCAAAUGAAUCAGCAUAUCACUCGCGAUCCAACUCAAGCAGUACUGCUCGAUCACGUCCUUCCAGUCGGCAUGGUUCAUUACAUUCGUCGCGGAGGGCAGUUGCCAGUGCGAACAUCGUUCCUGUCCCGUCCACUCGCCCCUCACCCCAUGAGAGACGAGAGUCUUUGUUGGCACUCCAUCGAGAUUCGUGCCGUUUGUUUCAAGAAAUCAACACAUCUACAACAUCUGCGGAAGAUGCGCGCUCGGUUCCAGCCCUCUCAAGGUCCCCGUCAUCGACAUAUACUUCCCGACGUGAAGGCCGUACUUCGUCUGAGACAGGCGGUUCAGCACCCCCAUCUCCGGUUGCAUCGUCACAAUCCAGCCGUCGCUUUGACUUUGAGCAUCGCAAUUCAAUAACCUCAAUAAUGGCACCGCUCCCUCUCCAAGCUCGAGACCGGUCGAAUACCCUCCCAAACAAGACACCCGAAUAUGAGUGUGUUCAAAUUCCAUCUGCCUCCUCUAUUCACGUCCCGGAGACUGUAACAGAGUGGACAUCACCUUCCACUCGACGGGCAGAAUAUGAGAAGAUUGACCGUGCAGGCCGCGGUGUUCGCGGCUUAUGGCGUCGUGUCGCACCCCGCUGGUGUCAAGCUCAAGACGCAAGAACGCCAUUCUUCAAGGAAGGAAACACCAGCCGAGAGGGCAGUGUGCGUCGAUUCCGAAUGGACCUACCGGAUGAAGAGCUGGAAGAUACCCUUCAUAAGCAGCACGAGAAACCAGAGGUGCAAAUAUUGGAUUUCCUCGGCAAGGGAAUAGAAAAUGGUCCUCGACGCUGGACAUAUCGUCGGACCAAGACUUCCCCUGCAUAA